AAGACUGAAGACUGAAGUGAAAGAGAAAGAUAGAGAGCAGAAGCCAAAACCCUCACCGGCGAAUCGGCGAUGGCUCUUUUCACCGCGCGGCGCAAAUUAGCGACAGUACUAAGCAAAGCACUCUCUUCUUCUUCGUCGUCGUUCUCUACGCUCUCUUCUCGUUCUCGAUUCGCCGUGCCACUAAUCGACAAGCUUUCCUCGACCCGAACCGUACUAGGCCCGUGUUACAUGCCCACCCGACCCAAGACAUCCGGGUCAGGAUACUCUCCGCUGAACGAUCCUUCGCCGAACUGGAGCAACCGUCCGCCGAAGGAGACGAUUCUUCUUGACGGAUGCGAUUACGAGCAUUGGCUCAUCGUCAUGGAGUUUAAUGAUCCCAAACCAACCGAAGAUGAGAUGAUCAAUGCUUAUGUCAAAACGUUAACUUCCGUUGUCGGAAGCGAGGAAGAGGCAAAGAAGAAGAUCUACUCUGUUUCUACUUCGACUUACACUGGCUUUGGUGCUCUGAUCUCUGAAGAGCUCUCUUGCAAAGUCAAAGGUGUGAACUUAUGUCUUGUUCUGUCCGAAUUAUUGUUGUUGUCUGUUGGAAGAGGACAAAGAACAUAUCAGUGUCUUAGGAUUGCCUGGUGUUCUCUGGGUCCUACCAGAUUCUUAUCUUGACGUACCCAACAAAGACUAUGGAGGUGAUUUGUACAUUGAAGGAAAGGUGAUACCCAGACCACAGUAUAGGUUCACUGAACAGCGCCAGAUCAGAAACCGGUCUAGGCCUAGGUACGAUAGGCGCCGUGAGACUAUGCAGGUGGAGAGGAGAGAGCCAACACAACAGAACAACUGGAACCAAAAUCAACCACCAUCAUCCACGGGUCAUCAAGCUCCGGAUAAUUAGACAAAGCGCCAGUGCUUAAUAAUAUACUAUAAACACUCUACUCCCUAGUUAUAAUUAUAUUUUGCAUGAACAAGUAUGCAUCUGAAAUGGAGUUUAUUAGGCUUAAUGAGUUACUAGAUUUCUACC